AUGCCAUUAUCAUUAACUUCAAGAAAAUCAUUAAAGGAUAACGAAGAAACCUUCAAGACCCACUUAGCCACUAUUGAAAAAGCUUUAGGUUCUCCAUUUGAAAUUGCUUUCGACUUUGAGGAUAUUAUUACCAAAUGUAAUGAUAAUUGGGUUACCAAUAGUUGUGGCUCCAUCUUUUAUAAGGAUGUUGUUGGCAAUUUAGCUAAAAACAUCGAUACCAAAGUUAGCAAGAACGAUUUGGUUAAGGAGGCAUUCUUAAAUGCAGUUCCAAAUAAGAAGUUUGUCUUUGUUGCAGCUGAUGAAAAGUUACCAUCUUAUUGGCAAUAUUCAUUUGUUGAUGGUAAUUGUGUAAUUUCAUUCCGUCCAAAGAUCUGUAAUACCAAUGAUGUAUUCACCGCUAAAUUAGAAACCCUUAUUCCAAGUGAAGGUGUUUACUCUUUAAUGACUCGUUUAAAUAUUAAAGAAAAUCAAGCUAAAAUGGAUGCUAACUUGGCUGCAGUUAAAAAAGCAAUGAAAUCAGAUGCUGAUUGGACCAUCGACCAAGCUUCAUUAGAAGCUGUUUACCCACAUGUUGCCGACGAUUUAAAGAACAGUUUUGGUCAUAUUUUUGCUGGUGUAGUCGAAAAAAUUGCAGCUAACCUUGCCAAACGUUGUUCCGAUGAAAUGAUUUUAGAAGCUGUUCAAGAAGCUACUGCUAAUCGUACUAUUGUUAUUAGACACAAUGCUACCCAAAGCGGUUACUGGUUAUGGUCAUUCGAAUCUGGUAAUUUAGUUAUUUCAUUCAAAUCAAUCACCAAUACAAAUGAUGUUCAAACCUUUGACUUUAUUAAAUUAUUAUAA